AUGGUACCGGCUCCGGAACCCGGUAAAUAUUUUAUUCCGCACCACGCCGUGCUCAAGGCUGACGGUGACAUGUCCAAAAUUCGCGUCGUGUUCGAUGCUUCGUCCGCCUCGUCCUCCGGUCGCUCAUUAAACGAUGUAUUGUGCACCGGACCCAAACUUCAAAUUGAUUUACGUGACAUUUUACUUCGUUGCCGUAUGCACAGGUACAUUUUGUCCGCCGACAUCGUUAAAAUGUAUCGGCAAAUUUUAAUCCGUCAAGAAGACCGGACUUUUCAACAUAUAUUCUGGCGCGACUCACCCACUGACGACCUCGUCGAAUUCCAAUUGUGUACUGUAACGUACGGUCUCAACUGCGCGCCGUAUCUCGCCAUUCGCUGUCUCCACGAACUUGACCGGCAAGACGGUCAUCGCUUUCCACUUGCCAAAGACGUCCUUACUAGAGCUGCUUAUGUCGACGACAUCGUUAUCGGAGCUGACACCGAAGAGCUCUUACUACGUCGGAAGGAAGACGUUGUCGGUCUACUACGCAACGGUGCCUGUAUGUUGAGCAAGUGGACUAGCAACAGUACCACCGUUCUCGAGUCCGUUUCUCCCGAUGACCGUGUACUCUCUAUAUCGUUCGAUCCGCGCGAAGAACACGCCGUAAAGGUCCUCGGCCUGCAUUGGGACACGAAAACCGACAAGUUUGCCUAUCAUACCCGGCUUGAUCAAAUUUCUUCGACGAAACGUCAGGUGUUGUCCGUCAUUGCGCGCUUGUUCGACCCUAUUGGCGCCCUGGGCCCUAUGCUGCUGUGGGCAAAAUAUUUUAUGCAACUAUUAUGGUGCAACAAACUCGGGUGGGACGACUUGAUGUCCCCCGAACUGCAAUCUAUGUGGCAACAAUUUUGCACUGAGCUUCCGCUCGUAUUCGACCUGAACCUCCCACGUCACAUCGACGUCAUCUGUCAUCAGGACAUUCAACUAUUGGGCUUCGCGGACGCAUCGAUAAAAGGGUAUGCGGCCGUCGUGUAUUUACGUCUCGUCAACACCGCCGGUGACAUCUCCGUUAAAUUCAUCACUUGUAAAACCAAGGUCGCCCCUCUGAAGAGUGCCGCCGUCGACGAGUCGCUUUCCAUACCUCGCUUGGAAUUAUGCGGGGCCCUGCUGUUGGCCCAGACACUUCAUCACGUGCAAUCUGUGCUGUCCACCGAAGUGUCUAUAUCUCGUCUGCGUGCGUGGUCGGAUUCGUCAGUUGUUUUAUCGUGGUUGACCACAGACCAAAAACAAUUCAAAAUUUUUGUGACCAAUCGGGUCGCCAAAAUACGUCAGCUACUACCGGAUUGCGUAUGGAGCUACGUAUCAACGCUCGACAAUCCCGCGGAUCCCGCCUCUCGUGGACUCAUGCCGAAAUUAAUGUUGUCCUCGUCUAUUUAUUGGGACGGUCCGGAGUUCCUAAGAAUUCCUGAAGACCAAUGGCCACCGUCUAGAUUUAUUCCGCUCGCUCCGGAGCAGCUGCCGGACACUCGGCCUAACGUCGUCGCAACGUUGGCCGUCAACGUCCAUCCGUCUUCGUUGGAUUUCAUCGGUAAAUUUUCGUCGCUCGAAAAAAUGUUACGAGUAUUGUCUUACGUUUCUCGUUUUUUAUCUCAUCGUCUACGACGGCAACCGAUCCGUGUCGGUCCUAUCACGUUUUCCGAGCGAGAAAGGUCCUUGUCGAUUGCCGUACAGCGGACACAACAGUAUUACUUUUCGGAUCUGGUUAAAACGUUAAAAAAUAAGUCUACGAUCACCCCCCCAUCUUUGGCACAAUUAGCACCAUAUAUCGACGACAACAACAUUGUACGAGUGGGAGGUCGCCUGCGUUUUUCCGACGCCAGCUACGACGCGAAGCAUCCGAUUCUGUUACCGCGAUCCUCGCACCUCACCGACCUGGUCAUUCGACACUACCACUUGUCCUUUCUGCACGGCGGAUCAAAGUUGGUACUAUCAAUGUUGAAUCAAAAAUACUGGAUACUGUCUGGUCGCGCUGCAGUUCGACGUGUCAUUUUCUCGUGCGUUCCGUGCACACGCCAUAAGGCUGUCCGCCCUCAACCGUUGAUGGCUGAUCUACCAUCUUACCGGGUUCAACCUCAUCGUCCGUUUUCCCACGUCGGUAUGGACUACGGAGGGCCGUUCCUCGUUAAGGAACACCGUCGUCGGAAUGCACAUUCGGUCAAGGUCUACCUCGCCUUAUUUAUUUGUAUGUCCGUCAAGGCGGUCCACCUCGAAAUCGUGUCCGAUCUCAGCACUGACGCCUUCCUCGCGGCUUUGGACCGGUUCGUCGCCCGCCGUGGGAUUCCGUCCAACCUCUACUCGGACUGUGGCACAAAUUACGUCGGCGCCGCCCGUCAAUUAAAAUUGUUAUUUCGCGACGCCAAGGCCCAAGACCGUCUCUCGACGCACCUCAACUGCACAUGGCAUUUCAACCCGCCUGCUGCGCCGCAUUUCGGUGGCAUUUGGGAAGCCGGCAUCAAGAGCGUCAAAUUUCACCUCAAACAUGUCAUCGGUCAGCAGGUGUUGACAUACGAAGAAUUCUAUACGUUGACCACUCGCAUCGAGGGCAUUCUGAAUUCCCGACCGAUUACACCGAGUUCAUCCGACCCGCACGACCUAAAUGCGUUGACGCCGGGACAUUUUUUGAUCGGACAGCCGAUCCACGCCGUGCCUGAACCUGACACCACCGAAGUCAAAAUCAACCGUUUGAAUCGUUGGCAGCUCAUUCGGCAAUGUCAUCAGUCCUAUUGGAAACGGUGGUCACGCGAAUACCUAUCCACGCUGCAAGGUCGACAAAAAUGGUGUAAAGCGUCCCCGAACCUCGCCGUCGGCGACAUGGUCAUCGUCGAAGCCCCGUCUCGACCACCUACCGAGUGGCGUCUCGGCCGCGUCACAGAGGUCCAUCCAGGACCAGAUGAUGUCGUUCGUGUCGUGUCCGUGCGCACUCAGGACGGUAUCUACAAGCGCCCGGUCGUGAAACUCGUGCGUUUACCGGUCGAGCCCUGA